CUGUGAAGGCUAUGUACAUGUGUUGUGUUCCAUGCUUCUUCUUGCUCCUUCUUGGUAUCUAUUAAACAAAGCGUGGCGUGGUAAAUAUUAAUUUGGGAAUUUAAGCGACUAUAUAGUAUGCAUACGCAUAACAACUUCAAGACGCCCUCAGAUGCUGAUGAGCUUGAUGAUUUAGAUGACGAUAUGGUGAUUGGUGUCAUAGAGGAGAUCGAACAGGAGGCACUGAACGAGUCAGAUAGCGACAUCGAUGACGACGAUCUGGGGGAUAUGGGGCCAGGACCAGGACACGAGGCAGAUGAAAACGAGAGCAUUAGCAGCGAUAGCAGCUUUGAUCCCAAUGCGGAAGACUCCGACUCGGAUGACUCCAUGCUAGAGGAAGACGAGGCGGAAGGAGCCAGUAGCGGUGGCGCCACAAGCGCCAAGCGGCGCAAGGAUGACGAUGGCCCAUGCGGAAGCGCAGGCGAAUCGGCCACUUUUGAUCUGGAUGCUGAUGAUGAGACAGACGAAACAGUGCGUGCCAUCAUAGCUGCCAUAAAGAAGCCUCGGAGUGCCCCACCAGAAAUUAAGCUCGAGGACUUCAUCACGGAUGUUUGCUUUCACCCCGGCCGAGACAUCAUUGCGCUGGCUACCAUAAUAGGCGAUGUUCACUUGUACGAGUACGGCAACGAAGGCAACAAGCUGCUGCGCACUAUUGAGGUUCAUUCCAAGGCCUGUCGGGAUGUAGAGUUCACUGAAGAUGGCCGCUACUUGCUGACUGCCUCUAAGGAUAAGAGUGUGAUGGUCACAGACGUGGAGACGGAGAAGCUUAAAAAGCUGUAUGAGACGGCCCACGACGAUGCCAUAAACAAGCUGCAUGUCUUGGACGAGAACCUCUUCGCCUCUGGCGAUGAUGCAGGAACAGUGAAGCUCUGGGAUCUGCGCACAAAGAACCCGAUAUUUGAGCUCAAGGAACUAGAGGAUCAAAUUACGCAAAUGAUAACCAACGAACAGAAGAAACUGUUGCUGGCAACCAGCGCCGACGGCUAUCUAACCACAUUUAACAUUGCUGCCAGAAAGCUGUAUGUGCAGUCAGAGCCGUACGAGGAGGAGCUCAACUGCAUGGGCAUCUAUCGGGCAAACUCUAAGCUUGUGGUGGGCACCUCCAAGGGCAAACUAUAUACAUACAAUUGGGGUUCCUUCGGCUACCAUUGCGACAUGUACCCUGGCAUCAAGAGUCCCAUAAGCCUCAUGAUACCCAUAACCGAUCGCAUCGCUUGUGUGGCCGGAGAGGAUGGCAAUAUAAGAGCUUGCCAUAUCACACCCUACCGAAACCUCGGAGUUGUCGGUCAGCACAAUAUGCCAAUUGAGUCAUUGGACAUCAACACCAAUGGGGAGCUGCUGGCCUCCUCUUCGCACAACAACGACGUACGCUUUUGGAACGUCAAAUACUUUGAGGACUUUGGCGACAUCAAGUAUAAUGAUAAGCACAAUGCCUAUAAAGAGAAGCGUCACAAUUUACCCUCUUCCAAGUGCACCAAUGCGUCGGACUUUUUCUCCGACCUAACCAAAGAAGAUGAGGACAAUGAAGACAAUAACGACGCAUCCGCUGGACCCAGUAAUUCGGCCUAACGGAGCCUUUUUACUAGGCACUAUCUCCCCGUAUUUAUAAGGUUUUAAAAAGUUACCUUUAGCUGUAGGUUUUUAAAAUUUUGCACGAAAUCAUUCAAACAAUAUAAACAAUGUUGAGAUAUUUCAAUUUUGCAAUGAACUGUUACCCAUUAUAAUUAAAUUCACGCAAUAGAAUCCGAA